UUGCAUACCAAAGCUCACUUCUGUUUGAAAACCUCAAUUUGUUGCAAUGUUUAUCUAAAGUUUCGCGAAAAGUUAUCCAUAAUCAUGGCUCGGGAUCAUUCAGAAGUUAGCCUGUGUGUAAAGUACUUGUUAUUCUUCUUCAAUGUGUUCUUUUGGCUGAUAGGUGGCCUUAUGAUUGCCAUUGGUCUGUAUGCCAGACUAGAGAAAACUGCAUAUCAAGAGUUCUUCAAUGAUGUCCUUACAGACCCUGCCUUUGCACUUAUCAUUGUUGGAUGUGUCAUGUUUGUGUUAGGUUUCAGUGGAUGCAUUGGAGCACUACGUGAAAACGUUUGUCUUCUCAAAUUUUUUUCAGUGUUUCUUGCCAUUAUUUUCUUCCUUCAACUUGGUCUGGGAGUUGCAGCAUUUGUGUUUCAAGACAAGGUGGAGGAAGUUAUUGUUGAUAAACUACAGUCUGCUAUCAAGAAAUACAGAGACAAUCUUGACCUACAGAAUCUGAUUGAUGGAGUACAGCAGGAGUUCAAGUGUUGUGGAGGUAAAACUAUAAAUGACUGGGAUCAAAAUGAAUACUUCAAUUGUUCAUCACCUGGGAAUGAAGCUUGUGGUGUACCAUUUUCCUGCUGUAAAUCAGACACCUUAAACAGACAGUGUGGUUAUCACAUCAGAAAAAAAGACAAAACUACUACUGAAAGAGCUGAAAUGAUCUUUACCCGAGGAUGUGUUGAAGCAGUGAAAGAUUGGUUUAAAGAAAACAUGAUCAUCAUUGGUGGUGUAGCUGUUGGCAUUGCGCUAUUACAGAUCAUGGGUAUAUGUUUUGCAAACAGUCUAAUGUCAGACAUCAAAAUGCAGAAGAACAGAUGGAAUAGAGAUUAUCCCCAUUAGCAUUGCUUUUUUUAUAUUUUGCAAUUUUUUUAAUGCCAUCUUUCUUGAAGAUAGAUUGUGACCUUAUCCACAAUAUGCACACUGUACACCAUGUAUCUCAGCUUGUUUUAACCUCUUGAUCUGUCAAGAUGUAUUUGGAAAUAAUUAUAAGUCAACAUUUCAAUAUUCAAAAGCAAUGUGGUAUGUAUACAUGUGGAUGUUUUUUUUUUUGUAACUUUUAAAAGCCUUUAAAAAAGGUUUUUGGGUAGGGAAACACUUGUAUAAAAUUAUAGUUUUGAUGAAACUAAAGAAUCCCAACCAACCACAAUACAGUCAGCAUUAAUGUUAUUGUUUACAUACGUUGAAAUCCGUCAAACAUACAAUAGAUUAUAAAUUGAUUGUAUCUGUGAGGUAUUUAGUUUAAGGUAUUUCUGUCCAAAGUGAAAGGAUGGAAGACGAUUUGCACUCACUUUAAGAAAUCCUACUAAUCCACCAUUUUCAUGCCAACCUUAUAAGGCACUUUGCCUGGCAAGGUACGGCGGUUGGUUGUGAUUUUUUAAGUAAUUCUUAGCAAUAUUCAAUUGACAGUUCCAAGUGCCAUCUUUAAAGGCAACGAAGUCUUUGCAUCAAGGUGAAACAGGAGUUGAGCCUGCAGUGAUAAAUACAUUUUGUUCACAUCUAAGACAAUUACCCACGAUAGGUACAUGUAUCUAUCAUUUCAAGCUCAACUUCUAUCUCGCUACCUUUCAAGAUGGUGCUUGGAACUGCAAAGUGGAGUAUUAAAAGACCACAAGGUUGAGUGGACUACGAGUUGAUAGUCCCUGAGGCCGUAGUUGUGAUAGUGAAAUUGAAUAUCCUCAAAACUAAUUGGCAAAUUUGAAUAUUUUCAUUUCAUUUAAGGGGAAUAGACUAUAGUUGAGUAGCCAAUCAGAAUGCUGGAUUCAUUAUAUAGCCCAUAGUUUGGCGGAUACUAAAAUACAACAGAGCAGAUUUUGUAUGACUGUGCAAAAACACACUUUCAUGAAAUGACCUUACCAUGCUGUAAUGGUUAUGUAUUCUUGAAUCGGUAUAAAUUUCCAUUUGCUGUCACCAUACUGUGUCAUGUCUGUGUCAGUAUCCAUACCUUUGCCCAGUCAUACAAAUCUGCUCCACUCUCAUCUGACCUGUGUGCAUUGCUUUCAGCACAUUGUUUUUUGUUCAUGCAUACACAUAUCUCCUGCUGAUAUUGUACGUAGAGUAUAUGGACUGCAUACACUGGUAUACAGCUAUUUCAGAAAUUGUUGAAUACUGAAUAUUGCAUCCCAAUAACACAAUGCAUUGUUACCAUUAAUCUCGACCUUUCUGUGUGUACUAAAAUCUAUUUGUAUUUUUGGGUAUUGAAUAUUUCUGCUCCCUUGUUUUAAGAUUUUUUUUCUAUUGAAAUAUGUAAUCUGUGCUUUAGUCUCCACAGUAGAGGUGAUUUUGUAUGACUGGGAAACGGUAAUGACAAAUUGUGUCUGUACCAUAACCGUAUUGUAACCGUCUCAUACUUAUCUAUUGUGAUUUGUUGACAAUUUCAAUGUUCAAUUUAGCUGUGUUACAGUGUUUCCUUUGAAGCAAUUAAGACUUGUUUUAUGGAUGUAGAAUGACCAACUAUCCAUUUUGUUCCUGGAACAAGUUGUUCUAUGUACUCAGACAGAUAAUAAUAGUUCAUAAAACAAUGCAAUAUCUAAAAUGCCUUUUAUAUAUUUUACUCAGGAUUGCUAUGUAAAUACUGUUGUGUGAAUUUCAAGCCCAUGAAAUCUUAUAGUCUCUAAUUUCUUUAUUGGUAAUUUCGUUUUUAUCUGAUGAUUGCAUUUUGUUUAGGGAUCUUGUUAAAAGGUUUAUUUUUUCUUCAAAAGUUGAUAUGACGUUGUCGUUGUAACUGCAUAGAUAUGAUAACUUUUGCACACAGUCAUACAAAAUGACAAAGACUUCACUGCUAUAGUUUUGUUCUGUUAGUCUAUCUUUUUUUAAUGCUUACAGUUUUGUAGUACUUUUGUUUAACACACACGGGAGUUUAACUGUUAUCAAAUCAUUCACUUGAAGUUUUAUACAAACAAUUAUUAUGAAGUAUCAAUAAAAAACAUUAUACAUUUU